AUGGCUCUCGAAUGUCUUGUCUCUGUUAUUGCCAAUUACAUGGGGAACCUGGCAACAGAAUGCGCCUCACCUUAUGUUGCUUACUUUUUCCAUUUUGGCAGAAAUGUUAAGCAAUUCAAGGAUCAGCUAGAAGCACUUAAAUCAAAAAGAGAUGAGGUGAAAGAUGCUAGAGAUGAGGCUUUAAGGCAAACUGAGGUAAUUAAGGAGGGCGUUGAGGAGUGGCUAGAAAAGGCAGAGAAAGAAUUGGAUGAAGCUCAGAGUUUGGAUGAAGAAAUAGAACGUAACACGUGUUUCAAUUGGUGUCCUAGUUGCGGCUGGCGAUACUGCUUAAGUAUCAAAGUAGCGAAGAAGACACUUUGUAUCUCUAAACUUAUAGAGACUUAUAAUUUUCAACGAGUCGGCCAGCGUCCUCCUCUUCAAGGAAUAGAGUUCCUACUACCCAAGGAUUUCAUGACUUCCGAAUCUUCAAAUUCAGCUUUCAAUGGGAUCAUGAAGGCUUUAAAAAGUGAUGGUGUGAACAUGAUUGGAUUGUACGGAAUGCCAGGAGUGGGUAAAACAACUUUGGCGGAAGUAGUGGGUAAGCAAGUACAGGAAAAGGAACAAAAGCUCUUUGAUAAAGUUGUGAUUGUUACAGUGUCCCAAACUCCAGACAUCAACAAAAUUCAAGAUAAAAUUGCAGAUAUCUUUGGUUUAAAAUUCGAGAAAAAUUCGAAAGAAGGAAAAGCAGAAGAGUUAUGGCGGAGAUUAAAAGGCGAGAAGAAGAUUCUCAUAAUUCUCGAUGAUGUUUGGAAAAAACUUGAAUUGCAAACUAUAGGAAUUCCAUUCGGCGGUGAACACGAGGGUUGCAAAAUUCUUCUAACUACACGUCUUCAACAAGUUUGUAUUCAAAUGAAUUGUCAAGAGAAAUUUGAACUGGAAAUCUUAUCUGAAGAUAAAGCAUGGGCUUUAUUCAAAGAUAAUGCUAGUCUAGAACAUGUCUCUCUCACCGUGAACGAUGUAGCCAAGGAGGUUGCUCGUGAAUGCAAGGGUUUGCCUCUUGCAAUUGUAACUGUGGCAAAUGCUCUAAAAGGUGAAAGUCUAGAUGGGUGGAUAGCAGCAAAUCAACGACUCAAGGACUCAAGACCUUUGGAUAAUCAAGAUGUUUGUGGAGAUAUCUAUAGCUGCCUUCAGCUUAGUUAUGAUUAUUUGAAGGAAGACAAUAUCCAGUCUUGCUUCUUGUUGUGUUCUCUUUUUCCAGAAGAUUAUGAGAUUGAUAGUGAGCGGUUGACAGUAAUUGGACUUGGUCUGGGAUUGUUUUGUGAUAUUAACUUAAUUGAAGAUUUAAGGAGGGAAAUUCGUCUAGCACUAUCAAAACUUCAAAAGUCUGGUUUGUUAUUGGAAACUGAUGAUGAAGAAUCUGUAAAAAUGCAUGAUGUGGUUCGUGAUUUUGCUCAUUGGAUAACAUCCACAGGGGAAAAAAUGUUCAUGGUAAAAAAUGAGUUGACGGAAUGGCCUAACAGUGAAAAUUUUGGUUGUUAUACAGCAAUCUCCUUAUGGAAUAGUAAGAUAGAUAAUUUUCCUGAGAGAUUAGAAUUUUCAAAACUCAAGACUUUGAUUUUAUCGGGAACGGAUUACCAAAUAGUCCCGAGUACAUUUUUUGAAGGAAUGAAAACCCUCCGAAUUUUAGUUCUUGUACGUUUUGAAUUCUCAAUGAAAGCGUUUCAAUUCCUAACAAAUCUUCGAACUCUAUCCAUUAGAAGGUGUCACCUACUUGAGGACAUCUCAUCAUUGAGAAAUCUGAAAGACCUUGAGUUUUUGGAAUUGGUUAAAGUUGAUCUUGAAGAGCUACCUAAAGAAUUAGUGGAGUUGGGUAAACUGAAGUCACUAUACUUUUCUUGCUUUGGAGAUGGACCCAUCAAUGUCCCCCCUAACUUGCUAUCAAGGUUAACGUCACUCCAAGAGCUACACGUUCCGAGAGACAACAAUGCUAACUUACUGGAGUUGAAUUCAUUGUCUCGUUUGACUACAUUAACAUUGAUUGUUUCUACUGAUCAAUGUUUUCAAGAAAACUUUGUGUUCCCUAAACUACAAAGCUACAGUAUAGCAGUAAAUGCAUAUAUUGAAUUUCCGGAGAAGCGUAUCUCGAGAAUAUUGACAAUUAGUGAUUGCUCAUCAUUAAAUGCAUUUAAGGAGCUGUUUCCCAAUGUGCAAAAGCUGACUUUGUUCAAAGUCAUGGAACACAAAACUGUUGUCCCAAAUGUAGAUCAGUGGGGACUAAAUGAAUUAACUUCUCUUCAGCUUACAUCUUGCGAUGAUUUGGAAUGCUUGAUUGAUACAACAUGGGAACAGAGUCCAACCACUGCAUUCUCUAAUUUGGUGAACUUAGACAUUGGUAAAAUGACUUCUUUGAAAGAGUUAUGCCAUGGUCAAUCACCGAAUAGCUUCUUACAAAACUUAGAAACAUUGAUCAUUUGCGAUUGUGGACAGUUGCAAUCAGUGUUUCAAAUGAAUGGUCAGAUGCUGUCAAUCUCAAAUUUAAGAAGCUUGGAGCUGCAGUCAUUACCGGCAUUGGAGAGUAUAUGGAAAGAGCCAACUCAUUAUGUGAGCCUACAAAGUCUGAAAGAUGUAAAAGUUGAUGGUUGUGAUAAACUGAAAUCUAUCUUCUCACCUUGCCUUGCUCAAAGUUUGUUGCAUCUUGAACAACUCAAGAUAUCUGCAUGCAAGAAAUUAGAGCAAGUCUUUGCUUUUGCCCAAGAUAUGGCUGAGCUGGAGGAAAAUCAGGCACCACCACUCUCAAAUUUAAUUUGUUUGGAGUUGGAGUCUGUACCAGAAUUGAGGUGCAUAUGGAGAGAACCCACCCAUCUUGUUAAGCUCAAGAGCCUUAAAACUAUGAGAAUUGGUUCAUGUUCUAAAUUGGAAUAUCUCUUUUCACCUACCCUUGCUCAAGCUUUGGUGCAUCUGGAAGAACUCAAGAUAAAGGAAAGCAACUCCUUGAAACAUUUAAUCAUGGAAGCAGAAAAUGGUGAUGAAAUAGUUUCAAACAAGGAUCGCUCUCUUCUGUGCUGGCCAAAAUUAAAAUCUUUUGAGAUAGCUAGUUGCAAAAGUUUGAGAUAUGUGUUUCCCAUCACUUUGGCUCAAGGACUUCCGUACUUGGAAUCAGUUCAGAUAAUUGAUUGCCCUCAACUAAUGCAUGUCUUCAACAUGGCAAAAGAAGAGGAUAAGCACGAUAUUAUGCUCCCUAAAUUACAGUUUUUAAGACUUGAAGACUUAGAAAACUUGAGGAGCUUUUGUCCAAGAAACUGUUUUGUCAAGUUGCCAUCUUUCAAAGGGUUGGAAGCUUCCAAUGUUGGUGCCCGACCCCAAGUAAUGAGUCAUUCCCAAAAUCAACAAGGACUUACGUGGCAAUAUCAGUUGAAAGACAUUGAAAUUAAUGCAGUAAAGGAGUUAUUAUACAAUGUCAAAAGUCUUGCCCUGACAAGAGUCAUGUAUCACAAAAAUCUGGUUCCAAAUGUAGAUCCAAAGGGACUGAAUGAACUAACUUUUCUUGCACUUAAAGAUGGCAAGGAGCUGGAAUGCUUGAUUGAUACAACAGAAGGCCAUGUCUCAACCAGUGCCUUCUUCAAUUUGGUGGAAUUAGUCAUACAAGAUAUGACUAGUAUGAAAAUGUUGUGCAACGGUCAGUUUCCAAAGGGAUUUCUACAAAAACUAGAGAAGUUGGAAGCAACGAAUUGCAUGGAAAUGGUCUCUUUAUCUCCCGCACUACAAGAUCUAAAGGAAGUGAAAGUUAUUAAUUGUGGCCAGUUGCAAGAAGUAUUUCAAAUAGAUGAGCUUCUUCAUGAUGCAGAAGAAACGCUGCUGUCAAAUUUAGCACUUAUGGAGCUACAGUUAUUACCACAAUUGCAGUGGAUAUGGAAAGGGUCCACCCAUUUUGUUCGCCUCCAAAGCCUGAAGAUUUUAGAAAUUAGUUUUUGCAAUAGCUUGAAAUAUCUCUUCUCACCAUCCCUUGCUCAAAGCUUGGUGCUUCUUGACCAGCUCAAGAUAUAUCACUGCUAUGGACUGCAGCACAUUAUCAAAGAGUUGGACUGUGAUGAUGGAAUUGAACCAAACGCGCAUCUCCAUUCUCCAUUCUUGCCAAAAUUGGAAACUCUAACCAUAAGUAAUUGUCCAAAACUGGAAUAUGUUUUUCAAAUUUCUUUGGCUCAAGUUCCUCCACGAUUGAAAUUCGUUUGGGUAAGCGAUUCUCCUCAAUUGCAACAAGUCUUCAAUAUGGUGAAAGAAAAGCAUGGAGUUGAUCGUGCCAUUGCACUCCCUUGCCUACAACAGCUACAACUCGGAAACUUGAUAAACUUGAGUUGCUUUUUCUCAGAAAAUUUUCUCAUCACAUCGCCAUCCUUGGAGAAUUUAGUAUUUUGGGACUGUCCUAAAUUGACAAAUUUCACCAUUCAAAAAGAAGUUAACGAGCAAGCUCAACUAAAGGACCUUGGAUUGCAUGCCAUGAAGGAUUUAUUAUACAAUGCCAAAAGUCUUACCCUGAAAGGAGUCAUGUAUCAGAAAAAUUUGGUUCCAAAUGUAGAUCCAAAGGGACUGAAUGAAUUAACUUUUCUUGCACUUAAAGAUGGCAAGGAGCUGGAAUGCUUGAUUGAUACAACAGAAGGCCAUGUCUCAACCAAUGCCUUCUUCAAUUUGGUGCAAUUAGUCAUGCAAGAAAUGAUUGGUUUCAAAAUGUUGUGCAACGGUCGGAUUCCAAAGGGAUUUCUACAAAAGCUAGAGAAGUUGGAGGCAACGAAUUGCAUGGAAAUGGUCUCUUUAUCUCCCGCGCUACAAGAUCUAAAGGAAGUGAAAGUUAUUAAUUGUGGCCAGUUGCAAGAAGUAUUUCAAAUAGAUGAGCUUCUUCGUGAUACAGAAGAACCCCUACUGUCAAAUUUAACACUUAUGGAGCUACACUUAUUACCAGAAUUGAAGUGGAUAUGGAAAGGGUCCACCCAUUUUGUUCGCCUCCAAAGCCUGAAGUAUUUAGCAAUUAGUUUUUGCAACAGCGUGAAAUAUCUCUUCUCACCAUCCCUUGCUCAAAGCUUGGUACUGCUACAACAACUCAAGAUAGAUCACUGUGAUGGACUGCAACACAUUAUCACCGAGUUGGUCUAUGAUGAUGGAAUAGAAACAAAUGCCCAUCUCCAUUUUUCGUUCUUGCCAAAAUUGGAAACUCUAACCAUAAGUAAUUGUCCAAAACUGGAAUAUGUUUUUCAAAUUUCUUUGGCUCAAGUUCCUCCACGAUUGAAAUUCGUUUCGAUAAGCGAUUCUCCUCAAUUGCAACAAGUCUUCAAUGUGGCAAAAGAAAAGCAUGGAGUUGAUCGUGCCAUUGCACUCCCUUGCCUACAACAGCUACAACUUGGAAACUUGAUAAACUUGAGUUGCUUUUUCUCAGAAAAUUUUCUCAUCGCAUCGCCAUCCUUGGAGAAUUUAGUAUUUUGGGACUGUCCUAAAUUGACAAAUUUCACCAUUCAAAAAGAAGUUAACGAGCAAGCUCAACUAAAGGACCUUGGAUUGCAUGCCAUGAAGGAUUUAUUAUACAAUGCCAAAAGUCUUACGCUGAAAGGAGUCAUGUAUCAGAAAAAUCUGGUUCCAAAUGUGGAUCCAAAGGGACUGAAUGAAUUAACUUUUCUUCUAAUUAAAGAUGGCAAGGAGCUGGAAUGCUUGAUUGAUACAACACAAGGCCAUGUCUCAACCAAUACAUUCUUCAAUUUGGUGGAAUUAGUCAUAGAAGAAAUGACUGGUUUGAAAAUGUUGUGCAACGGUCUGAUUCCAAAGGGAUUUCUACAAAAACUAGAGAAGUUGGAAGCAACGAAUUGCAUGGAAAUGGUCUCUUUAUCUCCUAUGCUACAAAAUCUAAAGGAAGUGAAAGUUAUUAAUUGUGGCCAAUUGCAAGAAGUAUUUCAGACAGAUGAGAUUCUACAUGAUACAAAAGAAAAUCAAGGACCACUGCUGUCAAAUUUAACACUCAUGGAGUUGCACUCAUUACCAGAAUUGAAGUUGAUAUGGAAAGGGUCCACCCAUUUUGUCAGCCUCCAAAGCUUGAUGUUUGUAGAAAUUAGUUAUUGCAAUAGAUUGAAAUAUCUCUUCUCACCAUUCCUUGCUCAAAGCUUGGUGCUCCUUGAACAACUCAAGAUAGAUCAUUGCAAUGGACUCCAACACAUUAUCACUGAGUUGGAAUUUGAUGAUGAAAUAGAAUCAGAAGACCAUCCCUAUUCUCCGCUCUUGCCAAAAUUGGAAACUCUUACCAUAAGUGAUUGUCCAAAAUUGGAAUAUGUUUUUCAAACUCCAUUGGCUCAAGUUCUUCCACGGUUGAAAUUCGUUUGGAUAAGCAAUUCUCCUCAGUUACAACAACUGUUCAAUGUGACAAAAGAAGAGAAUGGAGUUGGUCGUGCCAUUGUGCUCCCUUGCCUACAAGAUCUCCGGCUUGGAAACUUGAUAAAUUUGAGUUGCUUUUGCUCGGAAAAAUUUUCUCAUUGCAGCGCCUUCCUUGGAGAAGUUGGUAGUUUUCAAUUGUCUUAA